GGACUUUCGUAGGGCUGCGGUUUAAUUGAAGCGGACACGACCGUCAAUCGAAGGCUGAGGUACGGAAUACUCACAAGCCAUUUCACCCCAUCUACUCCAAUUUAUACUAUGUCGCAUAAUAUGUCGUACCUCGGCCCAAGAGCCUUCAACCAUGAACAGAGCAGCGACGCUGAAGCCGAAUAUGACCGCCUCCGCGACUUAGCCAGACAAGAGGCAGCAAAGCGCUCCUCAUGCUUUGAGCGCUCCCAACAAGCCUACGCCGCCGGCGAUGGCGCCCUCGCCAAAGAACUUUCCGAGCAAGGAAAGGCCCACGGUCGAAAGAUGGAAGAAUACAACCGACAAGCGUCCCAGUUUAUAUUCCGCGAGAACAACGCCAACGGCCGGGUGCCGGACGACACGAUCGAUUUGCAUGGUCAAUUCAUGGAGGAAGCGGAAGAUAUUUUAGAAGAGCGGAUCAAGUAUGCGCAGGCGCAUGGGCAGACGCAUCUUCACGUGAUUGUUGGCAAGGGAAACCACUCAGCCAACCACGUCCAGAAGCUGAAACCGCGCGUGGAGCAAGUAUGCCGAGAUCUCGGCUUGCAAUAUUGUACGGAAGAAAACGCGGGAAGGAUAUACGUCAAUUUGACCGGUGGACCGGCGCAGAUGCCGCCCUAUGAAUCUCAUCAUCCUCCUCCACAUCAGCAGCCACAGCAUCACUACCCGCAACAUGCUCCCCAAGCCCAUGAGCAGCAGCAGCAGCAGCAAGGAAAUACUUUUGUUGAAGAGGCCGUUCGUAGGGCCGUGCCUACACUUUUACGAAAGUUGGAGAAGGCUUGCUGCAUCGUUAUGUGAGACCUACGUCGAUGUGUCGGGGCUUUUGUUUUGGAAUUGCUUUUGCAAUCUAGACUUCUUAGGAAUUUCGAUAAGUGGAUAGCGGGGGUGAAUUCUCGGGAUUUUAUUUUCAUAUUUGCUUUAGGGAUUUUAUUUUGUUGAUACCCUUAGUUAGGUUUGCGGGUCGCUUAGAAAUAUAUACC